CCAACCUACGAGAUUCCCAACGCCGGACGGGUAGACAGCUCAGAGCAACCUUCCUAUUCGGAGGUUGUUAUUGUUGCCAUUCAUUUAUACAGGUGUUGGCGAGAUCCACCUCACCUUAUCGCAAUUCCAGUGUUCCAGAGUUGAGUAGCGAAAGAUUCCAUAUAACUCUCUGCGACAAAGAAUUGUGCGAUGGCGGGGGACGAGGAAGAAGUGGAGAUUUGCAGAGUGUGUCGGUGUCCCUCUACUCCGGACCAACCUCUCUAUUACCCUUGCAAGUGUUCCGGGAGUAUGAAAUACGUUCACCAAGAUUGCUUGGAAGAAUGGCUCCAACAUAGCAGGAAGCGACAAUGCGAAAUCUGUAAUCAUGCCUUCGCGUUCACCCCCAUCUAUUCAGACCGAGCACCCGAACGAAUAUCCGUGUGGUUUUUCUUGUCUAUAGUGUCGCGCCGAAUUGUGUCGCUUGCUCGCCUUUAUCUCCGCGUGUUUUUCGCCGCGUUCGUGUGGCUCAUAUGGGUUCCGUAUUUCACAGUUUGGGUUUGGAGGAUCUACUUCAAUCCACGGUUUCUCUUCAAUUCUGUCGGUGCUGGGAGUACGAUGGUUUGGCAAGCUGUUGCGAUUUACAAAACUAUUUGGGCGCCAGUAAACACUAUAUCCCCUGGAAAUGAGACGAGAACCGAUCUGAUCGAUGUUGUUGAUGGGGUAGCUCAUCCCAGCAAUCUGAACGCGGCAGACUAUCGAAAAAUACUGAAUACCUUUUUUACCGAUGUGUUUGAGGGGCAGAUUAUAGCAUCCGUAGCGGUUGUCAUUUGUCUCGCGUUCCUGUGUUUGAAGGAGUACGUUGUUAUGAAUACGCCUGUGGAUCCCCAAGGAAAUCCGGUGAAUGUUCCAGAUGAAGCAGCAGCGAUGGCAGAAGCACCUCCAUUGGUAGAUAGGCCUGUGCAGCCCAUAUUUGUCAGAAGGGAUAGAUUACCCUUGAAUGAUGUACAUCCUCGUGAGCAAAUGGAUCAAGCAGAAGGCGCCCCAUUCAUAGAACCGAACCCAGUGGAACGAAGAGACGAAGGACAGCAGGACGAAGGCGAAGCUAAACCCGCAAAUAUGAUUGCUGGUUACGAUUUGGGCGAACCUUCCAAUGCACAACACCGUAAAACUGGUCUGCAGCAGAACGGCGAAGAUGUGGAUGGAAGACCACAUACUAAGACGGAUUAUGAUGCAUUUUCCCAUGGCAAAGCUGCACGUAUCUUGGGUAAUGACCAGGAAAGCAGUCUUACCACGAGAGCUCCUCGAGGUAAUGUUGGCGAGCGGCUUGAGUAUGGGGCGGUUAGAUCGCUGGAGGACGAGCAGAACGAGUACGCUGGUCCGAAUAAUCGUUUAAUCAAUAUCGGGACGUCUUCUGACAACCAUUGGUCUGCGCUACGUGACGAUCGUUUAUCUUCAUCAGAGGUGACCGGGGGCGAGAUAAAUGGCUCAGUAGCUGACUUUGAAGGAACCUCAGACCUCGGAAGCACGAAUAAGCUGUCAACAAACUCACUCUCUGAUGGUGCUCGGACACCCUUCCCAGGAUUAAACGAUUCUGACUUGAUUGAGAGAGAAAGAAAACUCAUUUCAGCUGCAAUUUAUGAUGAGAAACAAUAUCGAGAAAGGCAUUCUGCCGGCUCGGAAACUGGAAAGGGCAAAAAUACAGCAACAUCCGCAAACGAACUGGAGGGCGGUAGAUCGGACGCUUUGACACUGGCUCAAAGUGCAUCACAUGAUGCACAGCCAAGUUCAGGGGACGCCUCGAGCUCUUUUCACGUUGAGGCUAGCGAAGGAAAUGGUAAAGCGUCCUCUAUCCAUAUGGAUGCGGAGCACAACUUUGGAUGGGAUACCGGACUGCCAGAAAACAGGGUCUUCCAGGGUCAAAGUGGUUCAGCUCAUCUACCAAGAAGCCUCAGUGCUGUUAGGUUACAGCACGCUGAAACGGAUCUGGAGACCUACAGGAGAAGGCGCUCCUCAAUGUCUGAUUUGGGGCCGCCUGCAGGUCAAGUGCCGAAUGGAUUUCGCCCAGAAAACACACCCGCGCUUGGCAUGGCGCCCGUACCCGUCAUGCCCCCAAUACAGCGGCCACCAGUGGAACAGCCGCAACUUCCUCCCCCGCCUGCACAAGCGCCAGCUCCACCUGCCCCUGUGGUGGAUCCGAAUCCAAACGCUGACAACAACGAUGUCAACGCAUUCUUAGAGCUAGUCGGGGUACAAGGCCCUCUGGAAAAUCUGGCGCAAAAUGUCACCAUGGUUUUGCUAGUCAUCAUAGUAGCAUUGGGUAUUGGUGUACUAUGGCCUUAUCUCACAGGACGCUUCAUGGUGUGGCUCAUUAAGGAUAUUUAUGCACCGAGUCUUGAGUGGAUCGUCGGAAGCCUGCAGAAGGUAACUGAUCCCGUGCUAGACCCGGUUGUAGACGUUACCGUGUGGUGCAUCAGACUCCUUGGUAUCAGAGCGGGACGGGGUGGCAAAUGGCGAGAAGGACUUGGCACCGUGAAAGGAAAUCUGACCUCCUACAAUGUGACGGAUGUUCUUCCAAAAAACCUGACUGAAGGUGUUAAUGAGGUUGGAACAGGCAUCAGAGCAGGUGUAGCACCGGUAAAUGACGUGAAAGUGCCUGUCCAUGCGAAUGUCCUCGAGUUGAUGGAACAAGUAGCCGAUCUGGAGGCGCAGGUGGAAGAGCUUGGAGAUGGGUUCAUUAGAAACGAAGCCACCGUGAAGGACGCUGCCGAUGUUUCACCAGAAGGAUCUGCCAGUAAUGGGUCUGCAGAUCUGCCAGAAGGUUCUCCGGAAGCAGCCAGGGAAAAGGACGCUAUGGAAAACUUGAAAAAACGCGCUGCCGACAGGAAGACCACAGGCGGGGACGGCCGAAAGGGGAAAAGGGUGGCGGGUGUUCCGGACAAGGUUUUGUUUACAGCUGUUGGGUACACUACCCAUGGCUUCUUCAUCAUGGACUAUGCCAGAAGAACAGGCUUGCUGCAGCAUCCGUACGCUCAAACCGUGAAGCGUAUCAUGAUGAAAUGGGUCCUAUAUGUGAUCAUGGCCGCAAAGUUUUCAUUCUUCCUUACUAUCGAAUUGGGAAUUUUCCCCUUUUUCUGCGGCGUCCUCAUUGAUAUAUGUACCCUUCCAGUGUUUGGCCCUAGCGCCACAAUCGCUUCCCGCUGGGCUUUUUACAAUGCUCAUCCUUGGACGUCAGAGUUCCUCCACUGGCUGGCAGGUACAACUUUCAUGUUCCAGUUUGCUUUGUACGUUUCGACUGUUCGCGAGAUCGUUCGACCUGGUGUGAUGUGGUUUAUUCGAGACCCCAACGAUCCGCAGUUUCAUCCUAUGAACGACAUUUUAGAACGCCCGGUUCUGACACAACUCAGGAAGCUGGCUGUUGGAACUAUAAUGUAUGCUGGCAUGGUUCUGGGAGGUGUAGGCGGUUUUGUUUCUCUUGUAUGGAGUAUAGAUCGACUUUUUGGUAUAAAAGAGGGUCCCGGGAAAAUUUGGCCUUUACAAUGGGAUCUUAGCAUCCCGGUGUCAGAAUUUCCUAUUGACCUGCUGAUUUUUCACUUCGUGGUGCCGUGGACCGUCGCGUGGAUCCGUCCCAAACGCAUUCUCCGUUGGCUGGUCGAUCAAUGGUUCAGAUGGACUGCGAGAAGGCUACGCUUAACGAGUUUCCUAUUUGGGGGUGCUCACAAAGAUGAGGAAUCAGAUGAUGAGGUCGAGGUUGAAGUAAACGAUGCCACAGAGGAAAUAGUGUAUCACGAUGAGGCAGCCCCUAGCGCGAGCGCAGAUAGUCCAUCGUUGGAGGGCAAUGGAACGGUCGAGCAGCCAGCAGCCCCUGCCCACUCGCAGGAGCAACCUCUUCCUACAAGUGCAGGCUCAUCAAGCUCUGACCGUGCUGAUGACGCCGAUGAUGAGUGGGAGGAUGAGGAAGUGAUUGUUCUUAACGGGCCGGGUCCAAGGACUCCGCCAUCCACAACAACCGGCAUAAAACGUAAGAGAUGGCGACCUCGACGGGAGUAUCGAUAUAUGAGGGUGCCCAACCACGAUCAUGUAGAAGUAAUUGCCGGGCAGAAGAUGUUGAUACCACUCAAGUUUGGAGAAGGGCUGAUGGGUAGAGAGGGUGAAACCGAGGAGGAAGUGAGAGUCAACUGGACAAAGGUGUAUGUUCCGGACAGAUUCAAGAUCAGGAUUGCGGUACUGUUGCUAUUUCAGUGGGUUUGUGGAGUGGUUCUAAUGACAACCGUGAUAGUGGGACCACUGUAUCUCGGGCGUAUCAUAUCCAUCGAAAUCUUCCAAUGCCUACCUGAAUUAGACGUUUUUGCACCGGCAAACCCCACGACAAGCGACGUUCUCCCUCGGAGAGCCAUUCGCCCGGACCUUCCGCCCUUCCGGCCAUUGGGUACUGGGCGCGCGUCUGUGGUUGAUGGCCAUACCGCUCCACGGACCGCCGGUGGUCCUCCGACAAGAGCAUUGGUUCAGGCAGUGCUUCAGGACUGGGCUCUGGGAGCUGUAUACAUGAAGAUAGCGUGGGCGCUAGUGAUGGUGGGACCAGACACGGAAGUUAAGCGGGUGCUGACAGAGUUAGUUCGGGGUGGCGUACGCCGUUUACGUGUUGGUCCCAUCUGGCAAAAGGUCUUGUUCCCGUUAGUUGCUAUAUGCAUUGGACUGGCAGCUGGCCCUUGGGCCCUAGGGAUUCUGAUGCAGAUGAUGGUAAAGGACGGCACCGUAUCAACCGAUGCGUUACGGUGGGUUUUCCCCGGUGCACUGCUCUCGUCACUCCUUGGAGGCAUUCUUUGGGUACUUGUGGGUUUUGUAAAGAGAUGGAUGGAGCAAGUUAAAGAAGAAGAAUUUUUAGUAGGGAGGAAGCUUCACAAUUUGGAAGAUACUGGCGAAGGUGGGAAUGAGCAGGCGGUCGCUGGAGAAGAAGUAGUAGGGUAGAUGCAAAAGAACUUGCGGGAACGGGGCUAUGGUACUUGUAGAUCGUAUGCAUUUUAUUUGUAAAUCCAGCAUGAUGUUUUCCUUUUGCACCAAAACAAUGGAGUUUAGGAAUGUCUAUUCA